UUUUUUUCGAAUUUUUUCAGGUCUUUUUGAAGUGCAGUAUUCGUAGUGUGUGAGUGUUGAUUAUGGAGAAACAUGCCACUAGACCGUGGAACCAGAAAAGUGAACUUCGAUCCGGUGCAAACAACACGAUCUCUUCUCUCCAUAGCAGUGCUGCAUUCGAUGGAUUGCCCGAGCCAUUUAUUGCGGGUCUUCGUACCCUUUUUGAUGUUAUGGAUGAUCAAAAUACUGGAUUCGUUCGUUUGUCAGACAUUCAAAAGCAGUGGAGAGACGACGGAGAGGAUGGUGUCCCAAAAGGCGUCGUGGAUUGUCUGAAGAAAGUCACCCCUGGAAACGGAUUGCUAUCUUUUGAGAGGUUUUGCGCUGGCCUCAAAAUUUGUCUGCUUCGGAAUCGCGCGCAACAACCGAAAACAGCCACAGUUCCCCCAGUUAGGCCACCAUCAGCGCCAGUGCUUGACCUAGAUCGAGACGAAAUGCCUAUCGAACAUUCCCGAAGCAAGAAACCUGGCUCCAAAGUCAUCAACAUGGCAACCGUGCGUCCAAAUAAUGUGACAACGCAAGAGCAACAGGUUCUACGUUCUGCCGUCAGCAUGCCUCAUCUGAAUGAAGAACAGAAUGCGGAGAACUUAUCAGAGCGUCCGAAGCAGCACGCAGAACCACAAGUCCCGAAGGGUUCCACUGCAGUCCCACUUGGAAUUGUCGGACCACCGAAACCGCCUCGAGUUGGAUCAUCCGAUGCGAAAUCGUCCGGCAAGUCGGAAAUCCGGGCCGCUUUGCAUUGUUGGCAUAUGGGACUUUUGCAUAGUGACAGCGAAAGUGUGAAGUCCGGCAGCGAUUUCGAGCUGAGCGCGAUUGUGGAAUCGGCUAGUCGGAAGGAGAAGGCAAAAGAAAACCGUCUGAAUGCGAACAGUCAAUCGUUGAACAAUUUAAGUUGGGAAGCCGAUGUGGGUGGUGGAGGAGGCGGUGGAACGGUCGUGAGUUAUUUGCAAGCUAGCCUGGAAGUUGGAAAUCCUUUGCGGCGCUCAAGCAAUCGCCGCCGAGAACCGCGACGUCAUACUCUACAAAGCGGGAUCGACUAUAAUAUGCUGAAAAGACUGAAACAAGUCGAGCAAGAGAGAGAAAUGCUUUUGACUGGUCUCAAAACGUUGGAUAAGGCUCGAGAUUGGUAUCUUGGUCAAGUUUCGAUUGUGGAAGAGAAGCUGCGAGAUGUUGGCAGAAAUGGACAACUUUGGGAGCAUAACAGUGAAGCUUAUCAAGAACGAUUGAACUUCCAACGCGCCAGAAUCGGAGAAGUGAACCAACAUCUCAUCGCACUCAUUGAAAGUUCGGAGAAAGGAUUCCCGUUGCAUAUGAACUUGGCCCUGCGUCUGCCGACGGACACCAGCGGGAGUUCAGCUGCGCUAAAUUCGGCACAUGCUCAGAUGCAGAUCAACAACAGGUCCAUUUUCAGGCUGAAAGAUCAAAACAGGCAGUUGACCGAGGAGGUUGGGAAGAAAACCGAGAGAAUCACUGCUUUGGAACGGGAGAAAGCGGUGCUUAUUCGGGAGCUUUUCCAAGCCAGAUCCAAGAUGCGUGGAUCAGCAAAUUACGUUUACCAAAUGCCCCCGAAUCGCCCACAACAGCCGGUUAUUUCGCAAUCGCCGACAAUGAUCGCUCCGAGGAGUGCUUCAGUGUCGUCGAGUCCCGUGAAAAAGUCUAUCUCUUCCGGACUGCGUCGUCCUGUUGACGAAUCUGCCUUUCUGUAGUUCAAGAAAUUGUUGAAAAAUUCAAGAUGCGAAACUAGCAAAAAAGUGCCAAGAAAUAUUUUGUAUAGAAGUAUAUUCAAACCACCGUAUUUAUUGUGACUUACUAACGAAGAGAGGUGAUGUCUGGAAAUCAUGUUUGUUCACGUCCAAGCCGUCCGUGGUUUUGUGGUUAUUUGGAAACGAGAGUCUGUAACAGUCCGUCCGGAAACGUUUUUUAUGAAAGAGCUUUUGCUGUACGCGAUUUGUGUGCUUGUGUCGGAAACACAGACAGGUACUUUUUAUGACUGAAUCUGGAAACGUUGAAUCGGUUCUCGAGUUUGUUGAAUAUCAAGAACAAAGUUUUUCGGUAUA